CGCGGUGCGUCGCUGGAGCGGUCCUCCGUCUGGACGGAGCCAUGUGGGCUCGGGCGGCGCUGGGCCUCUUCGGGAGCGGGGCGGGAGGCGUUUUAUUUCGUUCUCAGUUAAUCUGGAAUGUACAACUCCGAGCGAGCCACUGGCAAUCUUCACUCCUUGGACUGAGAACAGCUCUGCCGAUGAGAGCAGAACCCGCAAAGAAAAAAAGGGUAGAUCCAAAGAAAGACCAGGCUCUGAAAGAACGUCUGAAAAAGAAAAUCAGAAGAUUGGAAAAGGCUGCUCAAGAGCUGAUUCCUAUUGAAGACUUCAUUGUACCAUUCAGAUUCAUGGAUGAAAAAAGGGUGCGAGAGCUUACUCCGCUGUCCCCUGAAGAAAGUGAAAGGCGGGCUCAGCUUUUGAAAAAGUGGUCUGUCUACAAGUAUCAGCAGGACAAGGCCGAGAUGGACACCAUGAAAACUCUUGUCGCUGCCCAGGAACAGGCUUUAAAGGAACUGCGCCUGGAGUCAGAAGAGCUGUAUCAGGCGGCCAUUCAACGGGAUGUGCACUUGUUCCCUUUUGACAGGCAAGAACCCCUGCACAACCCCCCUCAGGCUAAGUAUGAAGCUCCUGAAGGGAAAUGUAACGAUCUCACAAGAAUAUAUACGUAUUGAUCUGGGCUGCUGGAAGAUCAGUGCUGUCAGCUAGCACAAACCCAUGACGUUCUGCCUGGUCAUUUGCUAGAUUUCAAGGACCAGUCCGAUAUGGCUGUUUGAUAAAAUCACUUGGAGACCAAUAGAUCAUACAAGGGUCAGUGGAAAAGGCCUUGAAUGUUGGCUCUGUUGAAUAGAGUUGGUUUGUCGGAAUCAAGUUUGCUAUAUGCUCCCAUCUAUGGGCAGCCACAUACAUUUAUUAAAUAAAUAAAAUCUUGUUGUAAGAUACAUAUAAA